AUGACGGAGAAGAAAAGUUUGACAGUAGAUAAAGAUUUGUUUCACUUACGAGCAUCAAAACUCUAUGAUUUCUGGAACAGCGGGCAGGAUUCUACAUUAUCCAGUGCUGAAGCAUUAGUUUUUAUGGUUGGAGUUGAUGAUGAUUCUCCACCGUACUCAAAGUCUAAUGCUUUACAGUACUGGCUGUUUAAUUAUGAACUGAACGACACUCUCUCCAUUUACACGAAAUCCGGGAUAUACUUUCUGGCCAGUUCUCGCAAAGCUCAGUUUUUGAGCCCGCUGGAGAGCAAGGAUGCGAAUGGUUUAUUACCUCCAAUUAAUAUUUUAUUGAGAGAGAAGGCCGAUAAGGACCAAGCAAAUUUUAAUAAACUGGCUUCUUUGCUAGAACCUGUCAAGGAUCACCUUGGAUAUUUUAAAAAAGAUGUCUUUGGGUCACCCUUCGCCAAAGCUUGGGAGAAGACGUUGCAGGAUAACAGACAUUUUCAGACAGUUGACAUCUCUCAAGCGUUUGCGCAUUUGUUUUCUCAGAAAGACGAAAGGGAGUUGGAUUUGUGUAAGAAAGCUGCACUGGCAACCGUUAAUACAUGGUCAUUUUUGAGAAAGAAGAUUGUUGAUAUUAUCGACCAAUCUAAGAAAGUAAAGCACAGUCGUCUAGCUGAAGAUGUUGAAAGGGCAAUGAUUACAGUGCAAGUUCAAGGCAGGCUUGCAGACAAUGGUAAUGUAGAAUCAUGUUACACACCUAUAAUUCAGUCUGGUGGGAACUUUGUUCUCAAACUGAGUGCGGAGAGCAGUGACAAACUGAUGCACUAUGGAACGAUUAUUUAUUCUUUGGGCGCUCGCUAUCAGUCUUACUGUUCAAAUGUGAGUCGAACGAUGCUUGUUGACCCGUCACCUAGCAUUGAAGAGAACUAUGAAACACUUCUGGUGGUCGAGACUACAAUUAUUGAAGCACUAAAACCUGGGAAGAAGUUAAGUGAAGUUUAUAACGUUGGUGUGGAGACGCUGAAGGAGAAGAAUCCAACGUUACUUAACUUCUUGGUCAAAAACAAUUUUGGGUUCCUAACUGGCUUAGAGUUUCGAGAAUCUUCCUUUUUAAUUAGCCCUAAAUGCGAAGAAGAAGUGAAAGCAGAUAUGGUUUUUGUAGUUUAUGUUGGGCUGCAGGGAUUAGAAAAUGCAGAUGCCAAGGAUGAGCAAUCAAAAAUCACUGCAUUGUUGUUGUCAGAUACCGUUUUAGUUUCUAAGGAAGGUAGUAAUAUUAUUUUGACAGAGCGAGCGAAGUCACGUCUGAAAUCAAAUGUUAUUAGGUUUAAAGAAGACGUAGAAGCUGAACCCUUUAACAAUAAGGAGAACGAUGUGGUUGAUGCGUUAGGGCGUGGCAAAAGAUCCGUUGUUUUACAGGAACAAACUAGAAAUAAAACAACAAAUGAAGACAAACGUAAAGAGCAUCAGCGAGACUUGGGUCGAUUACUGAACGAAAGUGCGCGUGAGCGGCUUGCGCAACAAACUGGCCAAAAAGAUACGAAAGUGGUGAAAAAGUCAAAUGUGUCUUACAAAAAUUUUGAGAAGUUUCCAAAAGAACCGGAAGUGGAUGAGUUGAAAGUUUACGUUGAUCGGCGCCACGAUACCGUUAUCCUGCCGAUCUUUGGUAUUCCGGUGCCGUUUCAUAUUUCAAUGAUUAAAAAUACCAGUCAGUCGGUAGAAGGAGACUAUACAUAUCUUCGUGUUAAUUUUAUGCAUCCUGGUUCACAAAUGGGGAAAGACCAAUUACAAUUUCCUCAUCCGUUCUUGACUUACGUCAAAGAGUUGACAUUUCGGAGUAGCAAUAUCAAGGAACCUGGUGAACUGAAUGCAGCUAGCAACAACUUGACUACUGCCUACAGACUUAUUAAAGAAAUACAGAAAAAGUUCCGCACGCAGGAAGCUGAAGAAAGAGAAAAAGAAGGAGCUGUGAAACAAGACAAGUUGAUAUUAUCAACAGCGAAAGGGAACCCAAAGUUGAAAGAUCUGUUUGUACGACCCAAUAUAAUUGCUAAACGAGUCAGCGGUUCUCUUGAAGCUCAUGCUAACGGUUUUCGCUACACAUCUUUGAGGGGUGAUAAAAUCGAUGUUUUGUAUAACAACAUCAAGCAUGCAUUUUUCCAACCUUGCGUUAAUGAAAUGAUAAUCCUGCUACACUUUACGUUAAAAAAUCCUGUGCUUUGGGGGAAAAGAAAAUAUCAAGAUAUACAGUUUUAUGCAGAAGUAGGCGAAAUUACAACUGAUUUGGGGAAAUAUCAUCAUAUGCAGGAUAGAGACGAUGUGCAAAGCGAACAGUUGGAAAGAGAAAUGAGGGCGAAACUAGAUCAGACCUUUCAAAAUUUUUGCGACAAAGUAGUGCGCCAAACCAAUGAAGCUUUUGAUUUUGACCAACCAUUUAGAGAACUGGGCUUUUUUGGUGUUCCACAUCGGUCAUCAUGCCUUCUUCAGCCCACAUCUACCUGUUUAGUCAAUCUUACGGAAUGGCCUCCUUUUGUUGUUACUCUGGAAGAAGUCGAAUUUGUGCAUUUCGAAAGGGUUUCUUUCCAGCUUAAAAACUUUGACAUGGUAUUUGUUUUUAAAGACUAUACUCGAAAAGUGCAAAUGGUGCAACAAGUGCCAAUGUCUUCGUUGGACGGCGUUAAAGAAUGGUUAAAUUCAUGCGACAUUUACUACACUGAAGGAAUUCAGUCGUUGAACUGGCCCAAAAUUAUGAAGACUAUCACAGACGACCCAGAUGACUUUUUUGCUAAUGGUGGAUGGAAUUUUCUUUCUGCUGAAAGCGAUGAAGAAGACGAAGAAGAAGAUGAAGAGAGCGAAGAAGCGUAUUCGCCAAGUGAAGAGGAGAGUGGAGCAUCUGAUGAAGAGGAAGAUGAGGAUGAAGAAGAGUCUGGUGAAGCUACCUCGGAGUCUGAGUCUGAAGUUAGCCUGGAUAGUGACGAAAGUGAGGGAAAGGACUGGAGUGAUUUGGAAGCUGAAGCGCAGCGAGCUGACAGGGCGCGUGAUCGCGGAGUGGAGGAAAGGGAAAUGAAGAAGAGGUACGCAUCUCCGAAACGUCGCGGCGGCCCGGAUGUUAAACGAAGGAAGUAA